GAAAUUACGAGUAUAGAGGCGACGAGGACGGCGAUGGCGGCACCGACGACGAAAACGACGACUAAGACAACGUCUACAUUUAAAAGCGUCUCCAAAAUGGUCUUCUACUUAUCGCACCCCGUUCGGACAUUAGCAUCACUAGGGAGAGGCGGAUAUAGUUCUAUCGCCGUCUACGCUCGUUGGAAGUCCCCAUCCAGCGGAACAAUAAGUGGGUUACCAUGGGGUUCACGGCUACCGAGAUCAUCGAGAUCACUAAUUUCAUGUUCUCCGACCUUACCGGACCUAAGGCCGUGGAGCGUGUCGCGUCACUCGUGGAGCGCUACUCCCAAGACCGAGGUAAUAUACCCGACACACGAAGCUCCAAGCGCGCCGAAGAGGCCGUAGACCACCCGGACACUCCCUCCCAGCUCCAGGCCUUUUUUAAAACCUAUUCUCGGGCGGCCGCUAAGAAGGAUCAUAACAACAUCCUCGAAUAUGACCCUGAAAUCCUGAAGCUGUUUGACAACCACAACAUUAAGUCCAAGUCCGGAUCGACCUUGAUGAAUCGACUAACUAGCUAUAUCUGCGAUACACUUAGCAUCAAAAAAAAUGAAUUCUGGAACUUUGUUUUGGGUGUUUAG